AUGUCUUCACCUACUCGAGAUCAGGAAAGCGAUGCUUUAGCCCUGUUAGCUCUAAAAUCAGGCACUAUUAAUCCUAUGAAGCAAAUGUGGGCUGGUGUCAACACUGUGACUCCAAUAGCUAAACUUGAAGGUCGCGAGUUCGAAUAUUUGGUUCGGCAAAGUCGGAUUAUCAUCGGACGAAACAGCAGUCUUGGGAGCGUAGACGUCAAUAUGGGCCAUUCCAGUUUCGUUUCGAGGAAGCACUUGCAGAUAAAAUUCGAAAAUCAGGAAUUCUAUCUCAGUUGCAAUGGGAAGAACGGAAUAUUUGUUGACGGUGUUUUCCAUCGACGAGGUGCUCCUCCAUUGAAACUACCCUACGUGUAUGUAUACAAACUUUUACAGUUUGUCGUUUAACGCUUCGUAUCGUCGACAGGCAUAAUUUUAUAUUGUACUUAAAUGUAGCUGGGUUAAAAUGAUAUAAUUUGUGUUUUCAGUUGUGUGCUGCGAUUUCCAUCCACGAAUGUGAAAGUUCGUUUCACCUCGCUCGUUGGUGACAACACUCCGAAACGCGUACCGAGUCCCCCAAGAACAAAGGUUUUACCACCUCUGCGAAUAAACAUCCCGCAAUCAGAUUCUAACUUCGCCUCUCCUAUUCCAUCUCCAACAGGAACUAUAAGGUAUGGAACAAUUAAAGUUAGUUGUUGCUUUGUAUGCUACUCUGUGUGUGUGUGUUCCUUACCAGCAGUCGAUAAACUGCAUUGGUCACAAGAGUAGCACAUUCACUCACGAUAAGUUUGUUUUGUGCUUGUGUUAGUUUACGAUUUUCAUACGUGUGUUUUCACUUUUAUCACUACAUCUCUUGAUGCCCUCCGCGACUGUUUUAUGAAAGUUAACGAAUGAUUUGACACAAGAGCUAAUAUAGCUUACUCAUUUGUUGAAUAAGGCUGUGUUUAUUUCGUGCAUUCGGACAUGGAGAUUUGGGGUCAACUUUCUUCCUGAUCCGUGAGAGAAUAUUUUCUUAUCUGAGUAAGGGAACUAUCCGUAGAUCGCGAAGUGGUAAAGAAAACAGAAUGAUUUUGUUUUCAUGUGCACGUGUUGUGGUAGAAAUUGCAAGUGCGUUGGUUACUUUAGUUUCUAAAUUUAGUAAGAGCCUAAUCUCUUGCCUUUGGCGUUCGUUUCACCAGGGCUUGAGACAUUUCAUUUGUCGUUACUGAACUCAUGAGGCAAGAUUCUUGUUCUUGACCUUAUCCUUGUGCACACAGACAACGAAGCAGUUAAACCACUCAGUUUAAUGAUUUCAAUACGUAUUUCGCAAUCGCGUUUGCUAUGGAAAUGUAUUUCCGUUGAUCGGUCAUGCGGUCGGUGAGGUUACUUACAUCACAUUGUCCGUUUCAUGUUUUGUCUGCGCAUGCUAGAGUUUAUCUAAUUUUUGCUAUAACUGAGGUUAACAAAAAAAGAAACGGCAUCAUCCUGGCAAGAUAUGACAGAGCUAGAAGCGAGGGACUAUUACAGCGUGUUCUCAUCACAAAGCAAUUCCAUUUUGUUAAAGCAAACACCUACUCAAGUCUUAUGUUUCGAGUUCACAAUUUGUACAGAUACCAUCAACAUUUUGUACAAUUUAUCCUUAUAGCACGCGUAUAGAAUAAAUGAUGUGGGAGCUUUUCGUUUGAGAUCUCUCUGGUUUGAUUUCCUCUUUAAGAACUGAUGAACUGGUUAGAAAAUCAAUGAAGUCCUUUUUUUAACGAGAUCUACGGUAAUAAUUAGACUUGAAAAUUUUGAUUUGAACUGACUUUGUUUUUCAGUUAAAUAACAGUAAAUGAUCAUAAAAUGAAAGUUGAAGUCAAAGAGUAUUGUUUGUUUGUUUUGAAACCAUACUCAAUUAAUUUCCUAAUACAGAAUAUUUUUAACAGUUGAGUGAACUGUAAGGAAAUUAUUGCACAAAGCAGAAUAUUUGAUCAGCUUGCUGGAGAAAAAAUAUUGCUUAUUUUGUUUUUGUUUUGUAUGUGGUUUUGGAAGGAAGUUAAAAGUUUACUAAUUUAAAGAUGACAAAUAAACAGCUAAUAUGCUAUUUUUGUACUUGACGAUGUCAUUGAUGUUUUAGCAAUGUGCAGAUGUAAUUUUCUUUGAUGUUUACUAUUUUGUUCAAGUUAGACAAAUAUAUGAUCAGAUGUUGCAAAUGCGUCAUUGUUGUAGAAUUUGACACUUGUUGUACUGUGAAUGAUUGUCCUCAAGUCUUUCAAACAAUGAUGGAUCAAUGGUAUCUGUGGAAAAUAUUACUUGUAGCAAAAUAUGGGCAUCUUUUCUGUUCUCAUGUAGCCAGAUACAUUUCUUUGGAAGAACAAACAAAUUAGCAUGUAGCUACAGCUUUCAUUUUCUAAGCAAUGAGUACGGUGCCAGGGAAAAAAAACUGUUGAAAAACAAAUAUUGUAUCAAGUUUCUACAGUUGUGACUCUUGAGGUUGUAAGAAAUCAAAACGAUUGAAUUAUUGUUUUCAAAAGUUUUCUUUAGCCCAGAAAAGUUUCCCUUUCUACAGCCAUAUUGGGUUGCAUGGGUGCUGCGUGAUAUUUUGUGUCUUUUGGUUUAUAAUUUUGUGUUUUCCAAUGUUAAGACAUGCUGAAAUACCCUAUAAUUUAUUUGUCUGGAAAUUUCUCCAAGAGUAUUGUUUUGUACAGUUGCUAUUAUCAUAAUGAAAGAUUAAGGUGAAAGGUGGCUAGAUUGUUGUUUUGUUUUUCAUCUGUUUGACCUAACAUUAUUAAUUAACAACAAUUGUUCAAUAUAAUAAUACAUUAAGGAAACACUUUUUCAAGAAUGAAAAGAGCAUUUUAUUGAGUCCUAGAUUCAUUCAUUUUGAGCAUAACCAAAAUGUGGAAUUAAGUUGUCAGUAAGUUUAAUAUGAGUUUAAACAUUUUCUUACUGAAUAAAUUUUGAAGUGUCAAAUAUUUAAAAAAUCUGAUGUGAACUUAACUUGUUUAAAUCACUUCUAAAUUAAAAAAAAAAUUAUUCAUUGUUUUACAACUUAAUCCUAAAGAAACUAUGACCAGAACAAAUGAAAAGGAACAAAUCUUUGAAUUUAUCAAUUCAUUAUUAUAAUUAAAAUUCCAUAAUUGACAUUACUUAGAUUUUACAUAUUUACGCAAAAAUUUUGUUAAUAGGUCUUUAGUACUUUUUAAUAAAAAGUGAAACAGUUGGCAGGUUUUUACUUUGACUUCAGAGGAAGGAGGACUGGUGACAAUUACUUGUGGAAUUAACACAGUGUCCUUAGCGUGGGUCAUCAUGUUUAUGUUUGUAGUAGAUGAUGUACUGUCAAAACUCAACAGUAUUCAUGGAGAGAAAGAUUUGAACCUUUCCUUUCUUCAAGUGAGAAUAGUGAUCAUGUUCAUAAGCAUUUUGAUCUAGUUGAAGUUAUUACGUAAAUAAAUAUUGACAUUCUCGUCGUUGGAUCUUAUUGAAAGUGACGUGUGACAGUGAAAUAUCUUAUCAGUAUCAAUCAGUAUACCUUUUAUAUUGAUAUUUUUCACUUAAAAUUAUUGUGUGAAAUGACUACUUAGAAUUGUGUGGACAGUCCAAAACUUGUGCAAAAAGUCUUUUGUUUAAAAUGUCCAGUUACCAUUUAAACCUUGCAAUGAGUAUUAAAAUCAUUUUAUAUGAGAUGACUGUGAAAUUGAGAGAAAGUAUUAUAUUUCACUUUCCAUUAUGUCAUUGUAUUAAAAUGAACCUUGGUUGCUUCUCCUCUCUGACAAUUCUCAUUACUUCCUUGUGACAUGAUUUGUGAGUUAUGUCUUUUAACCCUUUAACUCCCAAGAUCUCAUUAGUAAUUCUCCUUACUGUCUGCCAUACAGUUCUUCUGAUGUUAGUUUGGAUAAUUUGGUAUUGGAUCAACUUAUAAUCCCUUAUAAUCCCUUAUGUCACAGGCUUCAUGAUAAUCCAUAUUAUUUUUCCUUGCAGUGUGCCAAACUCCUGUCCUACCAGUCCCCGUGGAGAUGCCAAUCACGCCUACGCUCCAAACUUACAUGCUGUAGCAGAGUUAGCUGCGCAAGACGUCCAAGUUACCGUAGAGGAAGAUAAACCCAACCCCUCUGGAGGGGAGGCGGGCAGUAAAGAUGACGGCAAGCCACCCUUCUCAUAUGCUCAGUUAAUAGUGCAAGCAAUAUUAUCUGCGCUUGAUAAGCAACUGACUUUGAGUGGUAUCUACACUCACAUCACGAAGAAUUACCCAUAUUAUCGCAGUGCCGACAAAGGCUGGCAGGUAAACUUUAUGCUUCAAAUUUUUAGAUAAUAAAGAAUAUAGAAUAAAUAACAGCUUCAAUUGCUUUAAACUGAAACAUUCAUGACAAUAAAUUAUUUUCAAUUGUUAUUUGAGUAGAGCUUCACUAUUUAAGGCAUAUGGUUGUGUUUUCUGAUUUUCACUUUGUUCUGGUAAUGUAACUUAUGCUAAAUUGUAAUGCAAAGAACCUUUUUAUAAACCAUUUCUUAGAAGAAAAUCAGAUAAGUUUUUGUCAAAAUCAUGUAGUUGGUCAAAAGUAGCAGAAAACCCAAGGAAUUUUAUGGUGUUACACUUUUAAUUUUUCUAAGCUCUUUACUUAAGCUCCAACAAUUUGGCUGGGUUUUUUUUUUUUCAAAGCUGAAUAUUAUCUGGUAAUUUAAAUAUGCUGAGGACUCUUAAGGCCUAUUUACACGGCACGACUUUGUCGCGUGCGACAAGCUUACGACAGGCCUACGACAUGACUUAAGAGUCGUAAGCGAGUUGUAGGUUUGAUUUACAUGAAACAAUUCGUGUCGUAAGCCUGUCGUAAGCUUGUCGCAUGCGACAAAGUCGUACCGUGUAAAUAGGCCCUUAAGAAACUUUUAGCACCUUGAAAUCAUCAACAGAAUUCCAUUCGUCAUAACCUAUCCCUAAACCGCUACUUUGUGAAAGUACCACGUGCUCAGGAUGAACCAGGAAAAGGCUCUUUCUGGCGGAUUGACCCAUCAUGUGAGCAGAAGCUGGCAGAGCAGGCAUUCCGCAAACGUCGACAGAGAGGUGUACCAUGUUUCAGACCACCUUUCUCUCAACUGUCUUGCAGGUAUGUAUUUAAAGGGAAAAUGUUUGAUGUGCCUUAACCUUCAAAUAUUGCUCAGAAAACAAAAUUUUAACAUUUAAUCUAAAAAUCUUCUGGAUAGAGAUAGUGUUUAUAGACUGUACAAUUGUGUGGAAGGGGAACCUGCAAGUGUAAAUGAAGGGUGGGAUGGUUGUCAAUUUUGAUGGAAAGAGGAAAUGUAUUUGUUGCUUCCUGCCAUCUCCUGUUUCUUCUCAGCUCUGUUCUACAAAAUCUUGGGAGAAUUGUGUUAUGAAGAUGUCAGAGGCUUUGACAGGUGCUAGGUGUAAAUAAAGUUCCACAUUGGGUUAUGCUGCAUAUGCAAAACAAAUUUUUGCUUCGUGAUUUAUUCAUUUGACUCUCAGGUCAGCCCCAGCAUCUCCCACUCAUGGCCUUCAGUUUCAUGCUCCCCCUGCUCCAGUGACUCAUGUACCACGAGAGAAUUCCCCUACCAAAACAGUGACCCAGGCAGCUGAUGCAGCAGGAUCUCAAGCCAAAGCAACCCCUACCUCACCUCCUAUCAUCCCAGCAUCUGGACUUCCACCCCCUGUGCCUUCCUUACCUUCAACAGUCCUCAAACAAUCUGCCGCAUUACAAGCAAUUGCUGCACAAAUGGCAGGAGCUGCUCUACCUGUCAGUGUGAUCAAGUCUUCCUUGGAGGCUGUGAAAGAAGGAGAUGGAGCUGAGUCUGAGAAGAAUGGAUUUUCUCAGUCAUCAGGAGAUGAGUCACCCGUAGAGAAUACUCUUCAACCAGACGCAAAAACAGCUGUCAGCAAACCUAUGAUUUCUACUUUAGUAAAGCCAAUACAACAACCAACGCAACAACAAGUUCAAAAAAUACAACAAGAUCAAAAACCACACCAACUGUCACAUCAACAGCAGAUUCCUCUUCAGUUUUUAGCAGGAGCAGCUGCUCCCAGUGCAGGUAAAUGUGUGUCAGUGUGCUUCUGUGUUUUUUAAGUUUCUAUUUGUGUGGAUUAAUAAAAUCAUUCAUCCCUGGAUGUAGUAAAGUCUUUUCGAUGGCCAGGUUUGGACUGCAUACUGCUAAUCUUCUUCAGGCUAUAUGCCUAAAGUGACUAGUUGAGAAUAGAAUUAGACCACAUCACAAAUGACAACAUGGGAAGGCAAACAACUACACUCCACAAAAAAUACAUUCAGCAUAAUGAGUAAAGCAACCUUUUCUCAUGAUUGAAUUUUUGUUUUAGGUGGCUUGCUUACUCCCAUUCCUACACCAACAAAUGUCUCUCCAACUGGCACUCAGGAUAUGUCAGUCAAACCACAGAUUUCAAAAGUUCCUAACCCUCUGCCACUUCCCAUAGUAACAACCGGAACACUCACUCCUGACUCCUCUCCUCUUGGGGUGUUGUCUCCAGCUGCCACUACAGCUGCAGUUUCAAUGGCAAUGAAUGGUGCCAAGCGACCAUUAAGCACAAGUCAACCACUGACCAACAGUGAAGAAGAACAUGAAAUAAAGCGUCAAAAAUUAUCUCAGCCAAGUGCUGCAUACAAAAGUAGCCCCUCCCAGCCGGAGACUGCCGAUCAAGGAAAGCUCUAGCCUUCGCACACAUUAACUUUCUCAAAGCAUCAAGGCUGCUAAGUUACUGCUGUUAUUGUUUUGUACAGUUAGUAGUUAAAGCACCAAUCAUUUGUGGUAGACACUGCAACUGAUCAGAAUUCAUCAGAUGGGAGGUGUUUGACACGUCAACACACACUUGACAGGACAAGGUGCAUUCUUUAAACAACAGUCUUUUUUCCUGAUCUCAUACUUUGAAAGGUCUCAAAUGUGUUUUACAAAGGUUGCAUAUGAACGCUACCAAGUGUCAGGGCACUGGACAAAUGUGGGCUGACAUGUGGUAAAUUUUGGGAACCUGAGGUGAUGAAAAAUUUGUACUGGAAUGAGUGGUGUCCAAUGCAGAGAAGCAAAUGCUCUAUUUAACUAGUGACAUUUCGUAGAGUUCAGGGCACCUCAAAGGAUGGGAAGUUAAAGAUCAGAAUGAAUAAGUUAGGACUGAACAAUAUUUGUGCAUGUGUACAGAUGCCAUUCUUCUGUUGAGAAUGGGAUGUUUGUUACUAAGUGGGCUGGAUCUACACUGUAUGAUGAAGUGUUCAUUGGUAUAUAUCUGAUGAGAUGGGUGAAUAAUGGAUGUGACUACCUCACAACGCUACAAAGCUACAUCACAUGUUGUGCUGUACUUUUAAGAUGUUUUGUUUGGCAUUGUUGCUGAUCAAAAUAGUGGUAUUCCUAUAAAUUAUCAGGGAACUGUGGUCAAAUGUAAACAUUUCAUACAAGUAUGCUUAGUUCUUACCCUGUCAAAUGGUAAUUAUAAUGUAGCAGUUCUAAAAUACAUUGAAAGUGUUUCAUACAUGACAAACUGGGUUUUGCUUUCAAGGGACUUAUUAAUUUAAGGCCUAACAGGAACUACAAAGUUUGCCAUAAUUAAAAAGAUAUAUAUUAACGGAAUUGAUAGUAAAGAAAGCCAAAACAGUUUCAGGUUUUAUUUUAGCAAAAUUGUAGCUGUUUGGCUUUCAUUGAAUCUUUCUAUUUCCCAUGGUGCAAUAUUCAGCAAUUUUUGGUGCAUGCAAAGAAUUCAUGUUAUAGCUGAGUUCAGGCUUGCAGGGUUGGUAAUUCUUGCUCUUGAGGGCUCUAUUUCUGCUUUUCUAAAUUAAUCACUGAAUUUUAAUACAACUGAAGUAUUAAUUCCAAAAUUAUGUUUCUUGCUUUCUAAAUGAGCAGAGUUGUUCAAAAAUGAAAAUAAAGAAAUGAUUUAUAUUUCCUGAAAAGCCAAAAUAAGUAAGUAAAAUGAGUGUUAGUUACAGUCAUUGUAAGUGUAUGUUUAACUCCUUUUUUUUUUUUUUUUUUUUUAACAAAUUUUUACAAUGGCUGCUAGAAACCUUUUCAAUAAAUCCUUGAAAUCAAGAAUUUUAUUUCCCAUGGAAAAGAACUGUAAUAGGGCAACAACUAUAGCAGAUAUUGACUAAGGCAUUAUUUCACAAUUUGUCUUUCUCUCUAUGAAAUUCAGUGUGAUGAUAAUACAGCAUAAAAUAUUUGUUCUGUAAGGUAAGACUAGAGUAGAUAUGUAUUAGGGGUCAUGGCAACACUCAUCCAUCAAAAUGAACUUCAUUGUGUUAUAACAUUGCAAAUUAAAGUAAAUUCUUUUAUGGCCACUAAGAUCCUGACUGUGACCUUGUACAAAUAAUGGUACCUCUCUAUCUGUUAGUGACCCACUUGCAUAAAUGUCACUCAGAUUAUUGUUGUAAGGUCUAUUUAAUUUAUCAUUCUUUUAAUAAUAGUAGAUUUGUAUCGUGGGUGGACUUGCGUUAAAAAUGCCAGGAUUGCUCCUGGAAAAUUUUCAGUCAAGGGUGAUGAUCUCUUUGUAGAUUUGGCAGUAAAAAGCUAAAUUAAGAAUUUAUUCUCACCUCCAGGUUCUUUAAAUCUCCAUCAGAACAAAUUGAGUGAAGUUUGUGUUGUUUGUUGUAACCUUCCUCUUUCAAAGUCUCUCUUUUCACUACUUUCUCACUGGAUAGAAUUUGUGAGGUAAAGUUAUUUGUAAUUUUUUUUUUGUUAACUGGUGGAGUAUGUUUCCUAGUGUUGUUGUAUAACAUAAAGUUGCUGGUAGUAGUAUCUUGUUCAAAUUUGUCUUGAUGUGAUUUUUUAUCUCAAAAAUGAAGAAGAGAUUUUUAUGAGUUUUCUUGUAAAUGCUACAACUGCUCUUGCCACCCAGUCUCUUGGAAUGUUGGGUACUCAAACAAACCUCAAUUUCUUUUAUUGUUGAAAAUAAUGUAAAUUUGAAAUGAGGUAUUACAACUUAUGGAAAGUUAGGGCCGAAGUUGUUUUAUUUGACAAAAUCUAGACCAGAUUCUCUACCAUGGAUUGUCAAGCCUUGAUGGCCAAAUAAUAAAUUAUUAAGCUUCGUCUGCUUGGAAGAGUUAUUUGUGAAGUAUGACUUAAUUGAUCAUUAAAUGAAC